CACACUUGGAGGAUUGGCUGCCCCCUGCCAGUUACAGAAGAACUACUUCUCCCUCAGAAACAGGACCUUUACUCCGGGGAAGAGCCAGCAUGCAGGAGUAUGAUGUCAUCGUUUUGGGCACAGGUCUGAAGGAAUGCAUUCUUUCAGGGAUAAUGUCAGUGAGUGGUAAAAAAGUCCUUCACAUUGACCGGAACCCAUACUAUGGAGGGGAGAGCGCCUCUGUCUCCCCACUGGAAGAGCUGUAUAAGAAAUUCCACGUAUCAGGUCCUCCUAAUACUAUGGGUCAUGGACGUGACUGGAACGUGGACCUUAUUCCCAAAUUCUUGCUGGCCAAUGGGGAGUUAGUGAAGAUGCUACUGUACACAGGGGUGACUCGGUAUUUGGACUUUAAGGUGGUGGAGGAUAGUUUUGUGUACCAUGCAGGACGAGUCCACAAGGUCCCAUCAACAGAGGCUGAGGCCCAGGCAUCAGAUCUGAUGGGCAUGUUUGACAAGCGUAGAUUCCGUAAGUUGCUACAUUUUGUGCUGAACUAUGAGGAGAGCAGCCCAGGAACUCACCAUGACAUGGAGCCCAAACGCACCAGCACCAGGGAGCUUUUCCGCCACUAUGACCUUGGGCCAGAUGUCAUUGAAUUCACAGGACAUGCCCUGGCUCUGCACCAAAAUGAUGAGUACUUGGAUCAGCCUUUCCACCAGACGAUUAAACGCAUCAGACUGUACAUAGAGUCUCUGGCUCGCUUCAGUCACAGUCCAUACCUCUACCCCAUCUAUGGCCUGGGGGAGCUGCCGCAGGGAUUUGCACGACUCAGUGUAGAGUAUGGGGGAGCCUACAUGCUGAACCGUGCGGUGGAGGAGAUAGUGAUGCAGAACGGUAAAGUUGUUGGAGUGAAGUCUGAGGGACAGGUAUUUCACUGUAAGCAGCUGAUCUGUGACCCCAGCUAUGUUCCCAAUCGGGUGAAAAAAGUGAGCCGUGUCAUUCGGGUUAUCUGUUUACUCGACCAUCCAAUCAAAUCUACUCAUGAUGCCAGCUCCUGUCAGAUCAUCAUCCCUCAAACACAGCUCAACAGAAAGUCAGACGUCUACGUUUGUGUGGUGUCUUACGCCCACAAUGUGACAGCUGAGGGGAAGUAUGUUGCCAUGGUGAGCACUACUGUGGAGACCAAUAACCCUGAGAAAGAGGUGAAGCCAGGACUGGAGCUGCUGGAGCCCAUUCUACAGAAAUUUGUCUCCAUUGAGGACCUGUUUGUCCCCAGAGAUGAUGGGAGGUACAGCCAGGUGUUUGUCUCCAAGUCAUAUGACGCUGCCACACACUUUACGGCAGAAUGUGAGGACAUCAAGGACAUGUACCAUCGCAUUACUGGGUCAGAGUUCAACUUCAGCAGCCUGGAGAAUAGUACCACAUCAGAGAGGACUGAGUGA